CGGUCAACUCUGUUGUCAACAUUGAGUUGCAAAGCUAGUCCACGCGAGCUCUUCUCGUCACCGACCUGGCACAGGUCCGACACUAGUCGCACUCUCAUGCACAAGCACAGGCCCAGACGAAGCGUCAGCGCUCAUGAGCAGUCACCGGCAGCAGACGUACAACCUACGCCGUCCCUCAUGCACACAGCCUCGCAGUCUUCUCGAACGGCCAAGACGUUGGUGGCCCACGCGAGGGCACUUGCUCGGCAAGACAGCGAUGAGCGAGAGCGAUUCCAGAGUACAGAUGCAGGUCUUGGAAACGCCAGCCUUGUGGGGCCUGCGGCAGAACAACAUGGCAUCCUUGACCUGGUCGUCGACGAAAUGUGCUCGACAGAGGCCACAUACGUCAAGAACCUCGUGACGCUCGUCGAAUCGUUCGUCAAGCCAUUGCAGGAGGCGAAACACCCCAUGAUGACCAACUCAGCCGUGGCCGUCUUCUUCAACACGCUGCAAGAGCUCGUGAAGCUCAACUCGACCUUUCUCGAAGAGCUCAUGCAAGUGACGCUUCAGAGAGAGCAUGGACAAAACUCGACUGAGCGCAUCGUGGUGCUGUUCAACCAGUACAUCCCCCUCUUUACGUCGUUCUACUCGGAAUAUGCCAAAUACUUCGACGACUUUACACCGCUCUUGAACGAGUACAAGACCCAAUCCAAGGGAUUCUCGACGCUCCUCGACCAAUGUCAGCGAAAAGGCGGUUCGAACCAAACCUUUGAGAGCUUGCUCAUCCUGCCGAUUCAACGGAUUCCCCGGUACAACCUGUUGCUCCAGCGGGUCGUAAAACACACUCGCGAGGACCAUCCCGACUUGGCAUCGCUGAAGCUCACUGUGCAAGCGAUGGGCGAAGCGGCCCAGCGCAUGGACGAAACCCUGCGCCAGAAAGAAAAGACGGAGGAAGUCCUGCGGAUCCAGGCGCAGUUCGCGGGCCAAGUGUCGCUGUUUGCGCUCAACCGACACUGCGUCCGAUCCGGCAUGCUGGUCAAGAUGUCCACCAAACGCGAAGACAAGGUGAUGGUGCACCUUUUCAACGAUCUCCUCAUGUACAGCGACAUCCUGUCCGCCGAGACGUUCCAUGCGCGCCGGAUCGUGGACUUUCAUUCGAAAGCGUGCCGCGUCGAUGGGACAGUCCCGUCGUCAUACGUGAAUCUGUUUGGCGCAGACACGCUUGAGUGUGGCUUCAUGAUGUCGAGCGCGCAAAAGUCGUUUGUGCUGUUUGCUCCAACCGUUCAGGACAAACAAGCGUGGGUGUCCACGAUCGGCCGCCUCAUCACGGAGACGCAGGCCAAGGAUUCGACGACAGCAGUCGACUCCGCCCCGGCCGCCGUCUGGAUCCCUGACAGCGUGUCGGAAGAAUGCAGUCAAUGCAGAAAGGCAUUUCGACUGCUCUUGCGGCGCCACCACUGCAGACGGUGCGGCUUUGUCGUGUGCGGACUGUGUUCGGAACACCGUUCCAUCCUGUUCGACAACGACAUGCGGCCCGUCCGAGUGUGCAAUAAAUGCAACCGCGUGCUCGACUUGGUCAAACAGAGUGCCCUCACUUGGCUCGGGUGCCUCAUCGAGUUUAAGAAGCGGACGCUCCUGCGUCGAGAUCGCAAGAACAAGUGGAGUGAGUACGAGUUUGACAUCAAGGGCGGGGUGUUGCGGCAGUAUCAUGGCGGCGCAGUGAUUCAGACGCUUAAUUUGGCCGGUGCAAUCGUCGUGCGUCGACGGGACCAACGGUCCCUGUACUGCUUUCAAAUCUCGACAACGUUCGCGGCCGAGAUCGUGUCGGCACCGUCGUCCAUGUCGAGGCUGUCCCCUCUCAAGUCGAGACGGCAAGACAAAAUGAGCUGUCGAUGGGACAAUCAAGAGUGGCUUCUAUGCGCUUACUCGCCCGACGGACUGGCAGAAUGGACCAAGGCGAUCGAAGAGUCGGCUAACAAAGCUCUAAAGCGCACGUCAACUAUUCGAUCGAAGUCGUUCGACGGCGACGUCAAUAUCCACUCCGAUCCCGAACAGAAUCCCAUAGACCUAAAGCAGCUCGACUUUUUGGUGUAUGACGAUCAAAAAGCCGAAGGGUUUCGGCACAAGAUUUUGACGGAAAUCGUUCGCUCGGAGCAGAGCUACGUCGAGUGCUUGGGCACUUGCAUUCGCAUGUUUGUCCAGCCGUUGAUGCUGCGCGAAGUCGAGCGGAAACGCAGCGUCGAGGUCAACAGCAAGCUCAGCUUGCAGAGACGGUUGUCUCAAAUGUCGCUGAAAAAGCACGAGCAAUUGAAGCAGAGGUUGACGAUGUUGGGACUCAACCGACGUGGGGCAAGCGUCCAAACCGGACUCGUUAGCAGCGUGCUACAUGACAACUGCACGAAGAAGACGCUCCUGGACGCGGACAUGUCGAUCUUUUUCACGAGCAUGGGGCAGAUCUACACGCUGAACCAACAGUUCCUGGACCACCUCACGCAUCAUUUGAAGGAGAUUGAAAAUGGCAGCGUGGCCAUCCACCUUGUGGGAGCAAUUUUCAACGCGUACGCGCCACUGUUUCAAUUGUAUUCGUCGUAUGCGUGCCACCACGAGUCGGCGCUGGCUGCCAUCGAAUCGGAUCGAUUCGUGUCGAUGCUGGCCGAGAUUCAACUCCCGAUGAACGCCACGACGCUGCACCAGUUGCGCACGUUCCUCAACAUGCCAAUCGAGCGCAUUCCCAAGUACAGCCUGUAUUUGGCCGAGCUCAAACCGUGGACGAGUGAAGCGCACAUGGACUACAAGCCGUUGAUGUCGGCGAUUGCCGCCAUCCAUCGUGUCGUUCAGAUUAUUCGAGACACAGUCGAAGCCCGCGAGAGUACGCGAAAGCUCCGCCAAGUGGAGUUUAAGUACGGGUUGCCCCCCGACAAAGACCGCCAGUUCGUCAAGGAAGGGUUGCUGCGAAAAGUGUGCCGCAACUCGGUCAAAGUAUACCACAUCGUGCUAUUCACCAAUGCACUGCUGUACGCACCGACGGACUGGAUGGCCACAUACCAGCGCAAGCACAAGGUCAUCGACUUGAACGGGUGCUCCGUGUCGCCAGUGGACUCCCUCACCGACAGCAUUCGCAGCGUUCUUGCGACCAACAUGAAUCACAACAAUGCCUUCAAGUUCCUGUCGAGCCAAAAGUCGUUUUUACUCAUUGCCGAGUCGACGGCAGAACAAGAUGGGUGGUUGUCCGUCCUGCAGGACGUGAUCUCGCGAGCGGAAUCGACGGCAAGACUUUCCGUAUCAUCCGUGGACGAGGAUGCUGCCAACGACGUGGAGAUUAUCAUCAAAUCGGGCUGGCUGCCUGUUCAACGAGGACACAAGUGGAAGCGGAUGUGGGUAACGGUGGACUAUCAGCAUGUGACGUUGGCUUCGUCGUUCCAAGCAAAUCCUGAAGUGCAGCUCGUCAUUUCAAGCUGCGAUGUUGAGAUCGUGUCCGACAACGCAAGCACCUUCAUGAUCCGUGGAGAAGAUAUGCUCGAGGAUGACAUUGGAGCCAUGUCGAAAGAAUUCACGUUGGAAGCUCAUCUGGACCGAGACGAAUGGAUUCGUGCCAUCGACCAUUGCGUUCUAUGCACUGCGUCUGGUGGAGACGUCAUGUCGUGCAGCUCAAGGGUGUCAGAGCCUAGCUCUGGGUACGCGCCAAUUUACAUGUUUGGCGCGGCCAAGAGCUGUACGUUGUGCCUCAACAAGUUUGCCUUUCAUCGCACCAGGCACCACUGCAAGCGUUGCGGAAACCAAGUGUGCGGCAAGUGCUCCAGGACGCGAAUGGUGCUGACAACAGGGAGCUCCAAGCGCGACCGUGUUUGCGACAAGUGCGCCAACGUCCAGCGCAAUUGCGUCCUUCCUCCCAAUUUGUAGUCGCGCAAGUCUCGUCAAACACGAAUAUGAUGCAUAUUUAUAUACAGCGAGC